GGUUGGGUGUAUUAGUCAUCCGAGUUGGUCUGAGGUUGGGCGUGCUCGUCAAUAGGUGGGAAUACAAUGGCGUCCACAAAGAACACAUCCACAAGCGCUGGACCAUCUGCCCCCGGGGAGGGACGACCUGCACAGCAACCUACUCAGUAUAUGCACGCAAAGGGAGCACCAUGGUUUAUGGACUUCGUUGUUCAAGGGGACCUUUUUGGGCCAGCUGUUUUCAUGUGCCCCACUUGCGUUACAGACGUUGGGGGAGCAGUCAACGUUGUUCCUCUCGGUACCGUCGUCUCGUGCGCGAAGACUCCCGGAGGUCUCCUCAAGAUCCACACUAACGGCAUGUACGACGAGUGCAGACUGCCUAUCAGAGGUGUUAAAAGUGUGCUGGUGACCAUCAAGAGUUUCGCGGGGUACGACUCGAACAUGCCGUUGUGCUCUCACUUCAAAGGCCUUUACGAUGGCAGCAACAAGCGUCUUAGAUCGCCAGAGCAAUAUCUCGAUCUCGCGCUGAUGGUGCCGAAAGAACGUCCGGUUCUUCCGCCAGAGCAUGUUUUUCUGCUUCUGCCACCCCGUGAGGGGUCGUCCGGCUUGGCUCAAGAAACUCUAGGUACAACAAUGGGGCGCGGGAGUCCGAUUCAAGACGCUCGGGGUCGGAUCAAGGGACGCAGCAUUCACACGCAGGUCCGCUGCGGCGCCGACACGUAUUCGCUUCGAGAUGAGACGAGAAGAGAUUCAAGCAGAUCGAGGCUAAAUGUUGGAGGGAAUGAGGGUGAAGGGAUGGGCGCUGUCCGCGGAAGCUCUGGCGGGGAGCAGACUCCUUCGGAGAAGAAGAGCGAGCGACAGAGGAUGGUGCGAGAGGAGGUGGCGGAAGGAACCCUCCGCAUGAAGAGGAUGAGAGGAAAACCGGAGGCGGUGACGGGCGGGGAUGGAGGUGGCGACGGAGAACGUGCCUCGGGAAAGAGGCCGACGAAGGAAGAGGGUGGGACGGCAAGUAAGAAAGCGAGGAGGCCCGACGGUUUGACUAUCCGCGAAGGACAAGCCGCGGGUGGAGGAGAUUCGGCUGAUCCAGGCGCUGCGGCCGCGAGAGAACCUUCGGGGAAAUCGAAACGGAAAGUGGCAGAUGAAGAAGGCGAUGGCCAGAAGAAACGUCGAAGGUGGAAGACUGCUGAGGCGGCGAGCGGGGGCGAACGGCCUGUCGGUGAGGAGUGCGACGAAGCGGCAGCGUUCUGGCUCGAAUACGAGCGGAACGAUGGCGGUGAGAUCGUGGAGAAGGAGCUCCCCGUCCAACUGCUCAUCAACCCCAGGAAGGUCUGCGACAUCCCGUCUUGGGAAAGAUAUUACAACCACCGCGGUCUAAAUCGCGAAACUGUGGACGACAUCAAGGCUGCGAUGCUGCGUCAAUUCCACGAGAAAAGGGGUAAGAUCUGGACGAAAAACCCUUUGGUUCUGGCACCCAUCCACAAGUCGGUGGAGCGUAGGCCGAAGCAAGCUGAAAGGGUUCACAAAGAUGUCUUCAAGCCAGAGGACAAGGACAAGUACUACUAUUACCCUGUUAACGGACAACACACCGUGGCUGCUGUGAAGGAGUUGGAGGGUGAGCCAAUAUUCGUAUUGUGGAAGAUGCACUCGUGGCCGGCGAGAGUGGUGUGGUUCUCCGAGCGAGAUUUCGCGGGCUAUAGGCAGGUCAGUCUCAACGAGAACACGAGACACAAGAGGUCUAAGCAGCGAUCGCAGAAGGCCGCGUUCUUGGACAUACGGGAGGCAUGGGAGAAAGAAGGAAGGCCGAUGACCAUUCAAGGGAACCCUUCCGGCAAGGAGGGCGAAAAGCAAAAGUUUUUCGAUUUCCAAAAGCUGAUUUUGGGAAUGAGUCCGAACGAAGCUCACUGGUCGUUGGCAGAAAAAGAUAAAUCGCUCGCCGACAAGAAGUAUGUCGCUGCCGUUGGCAAUGCAUUGAGGCAGUGGAUGCCGCUCUGUCUCGCCGACAUGACCGAUGUCAAGAAACUGUCGAUCCUUAACGACAUUCUCGCGCUAAGGGGAGUGUUCGUGCAAUCCGCGGGCGGCCAUCUGAAGCGUCAGCAUAAACCUGGAAUUAAAGACAUGGUCGUGACGAGGAAAGUGGACCGUGUGAUGCUCCGUAUGUUCCACUGCAUCUUGUUCCUUGAAACGCAGGAGAACGAACGUGUUUGGCGCCACGGGAGCCCAUUUUUUAGGAGCGAGGGGAAGCUUCUGGAGGAGUUCGGGCCGCAGGGCCUCAUGAAACAGGUGUGGGUCGAAAUGCGAAAGCGUUUCCAGGGCGCGGUGGAGUACGUGAACACUUGCAAACGUAGUCUUCCGCACGAGAAGGAGUCCAUCGACGACGCGAAGAGAUUGUACGAUGAUGACAGGUUUCCUAAAUAUUUCGAAAAGUCUGUCCGUUCCAUCUUGCGACGGACGGAAGAAGAAGUUCGAGACACGAUCAGGGUCAGCGGGGAUGUGAGGCACAUCAAAUGGCCCGACCUCAACCGGGUGACCAGCCUUAUUCCUUUCGCUUUCCCGCCUUCCCAAGCUCACAGUCAUGUCACUGCGAUCCGUGAGGUUGUGCGACAUUACGUGUGCAACAUGUACGUCCUCGAUUUGUGUGAUCCCACACUCCUCGCAGACUGGCGAGAAGACGAUUUCGCCAAUUUGCAAGGCCUUCUACAAACACUUUCACCAACGCACUGGGCACUUGUGAUAUUUUUCUCCUCUCGUUGGGAGCUCAGUUUCUUGAAAGGCAUGGCCAGGCUUAGCGUCCAUCACGUCAGGACAGGGAAGUGGGUAUGUAAUGCACAAAAGCAGGCCACUGUUCGGGAAGGCAAUAUGCUGGUUGAGGAGUGUGACCGCCUGUACGUGAUUUUUAAUGGCGAGAAGCUGGAAGACAACACAUUCGCAGUCUACCCGGCCAGUAGCCCGACAAAGGCUUCCCGUGCUCAUGGUCCAAGUUCGGCCAAACACACGGUGGCGGGCCGCUCGAAAGUUGUCUGUUCCUCGGACCCAUCAGGACAGGCUGUGGCGUGUUUCGACGUGGCGAAAGAGGAAAGGUUCUCUCGUAGCAUGUGGGAGGACGGCGGCGUGACAAGUUCUCAAGGACCUUCUUACAGGGAGAUGGAGCGGAACCCGUCCCGUCUACUUGGUCUACUCGUAAACUUUUGCAAAGCUGGUCAAACUAUUUUUUUCUUUGGGAAGGCGCAUGCGUCUGUCGUGUGGGAACUCCUGCGCACCGGUCGGAACGUCGUCGCAUUGGAGAAGGAGGCGAAGAUGAUCGAUUACCUUCACGAGUUCGUGAAGGCACGCGUCGCAGACUCUUGCAAUGCUUGCGAGUUUGCCCGCACCACCGGCGAACGAAACUGGGAUCCCAAACGUGACAUGUAUUGGAAAUUGCCGGGGAACAAAAAAACGGACAUUUGGGACUUCCUUUUCGGACCCGGACUGCCUGGUCCGACCGACCUCGAACACAGUCGACGGAGAAACCUGGUGUUCGCUGUGCUCAAUGGGUACCACGGUGCACCCAGGGAGUCUGUCUCGCACUUCCUGAGAAGGUUGGAGCAUGUUUACUUCACGCUGGCCGAACCGCUCACUCUCGAAAACUACUCACAGUUUGACGAGGAGGACCCUUUCGACGCUGAAGACAUGGAGGAGCUGAGCGACUCCGAAACCUUCGAUUUCGAGUCCAUGCCACUUCCUCGGGUGGUUGGACAAGUUGGUGAUGAAGAGGAAGGUGGCCCUCGGAGAUAUAGUACGUCCCCUGCCGGUUUGAAGCGUGUGUUUCGGGGCGAACCAGUCGACGACCAAUCGUCUGAUGACGRGGAGGAAGAGAGAGACUAUGAUCACGAACCUUGUGACAGGCUCCCUGUGGACCAUGACACCUGGCAGAAUGACAGACUCUACUUCUUCGGCAAGCAUCACCGGUUCACGUCGGAGGAUGUCUGUGAACACAACGUCGUCUGUCACCCGAGGAUAUUCCAACCUGCUGUGAGGAAUGGAAUAUGGGUCAUGGCAAUAAAGGAGGCCGAUGGCAAGUGGAGUGGACUGAAGAGACUGGGAGCCGGUGCAUUUAAGAGAAAGGCAAGAACUGCUCUGGUGGAGCAUUUGAGUCUUAUGAACCCCGAGAGGAACGAUCAGGACAUGGAUGCGUAUGCAGAACGAAAGCUACAUGAGUUGUACGCCAACAACAUGUUGGAGUUUCGAGCGCCUUUCUACGCACUCGAAACGACACCGUCUCGUGGCAUUGACUGGCGCAUGCCACAACCUCUGCCAGCCGGUCAGCAUCCGGGAGGGGGUGGUGGAGGAGACGAAGGAGACGGCGGAGGUGGCGGAGGAGACGGCUCGCACUUUGCCGGAAAGGGGACGGGCGAGACAUCGUCGGUUGAGAAGGCGUCCGGCGGAAAGGGGUCGGGCGGAAAGGGGUCUGGCGAGAAGGGGUCGGGCGGGAAGGGGUCGGGCGGAAAGCGUAGAACGUCCGGGAGCGGAAAGGACUCGGGCGGAAAGCGUAGAACGUUCGGGAGUCCCCAGUAUAUGGAAACUAACCCUCACUGCGUAGGGAGUCGAGAUUCCGAGAUGCGAGACGAGGCCACCCUGACGUCUGAUCAAGUGCGAGUAGAUUCGCACUUGUCUGCGAGGACUUUGUUUUCCGUUGCCGAGGAGAGUCCAUCCUGUCGUGCGCAGCAGAGGUCUCCUGUGCUCAACACCUUGCUCCUGAAAGAGGGCAUGUCUUCGUUUUGCCUGGAGGGCGGGAUGCCUCCAUUGCGAAGGAGCAAAGGUGCGACCUCCGGUUCCCUCGGCUCGGGCGACCGCCACAAACUCCGAAUACAUUCGGAUUUGCUGACAUCGCCCUCUGCCAUAAGUGCUCCUCACGCAACAGUUCCGCGGGGCCAAGAAAAUGUGACGUCCUGGCCCGCGCAUCUUCAGUUGGACACAGGGUUGCCCUGCUCGCCUCCUUUCUCAUGUGUUGAGACUCGAGACUGGGGAUCUCGCGACGCGCUAGAGGGGCCCGCUCCAGGAGUGUUGGAGACCGGGGGUAGCGAGAACGAACGUCACUCUCCUGGGGAAGACGAACGCUCUCCGGGAACGCGUGCUGUACAUCGAAUAGAGGAGACUCAACGCUGGCAGUCUCGCAAAGUGUUGGAGACUGGGGGUAGCGAGUGUGAACGUCAUGCUUCGGAGGGUGCGUCCGUGAACAAUGACAGCGAGAGUGUAGGAGCUCCGGGGGAAACGCAUGCUGUACAGCGGGGAGAGGAGACUCGACACGGGCCGGCUCGUGAAGACGUGAAGUGGCUCCACGCACGAGCGCUGCUGAUCGGGACGUCCGAAGAGGUUCUGCACAGUCGCUCGGCUGUGGCCACGACGAGGGAGGGUGUUGUUAAGGGAGGUCAGUGGACGUCCGUGCAAGCUCCCGUUCUUGGCGACGAUGAAGACGAAGAAGAACCCGCGGUGGAAGCUCGGGUUCAUGGUGAAGGAGAACCCAUGGUAGAAGGCGGUGAGGUGAAUGUUGACAUCCUGAUGGAUCCACAACGGAAAGAUGGUGAUUCUUCGCCCACCCGUUGCGGUGAAGAACAGGGUGGUCGAGCGUCUGUCCUGAGCACCGCUUGGGGAAUGGUGCUUCAUGAAGCCAUAGAGUUGGGUGACGACUCGGCUGCCACCGCGCUGGUUAGCGCCUCAGGCGUGGCCGAGAUGCAGAACGUCGAAUCCUCCGUGGAAGGCGGUGAGGUGACCGUCAACAUCAAGAUGGAUCUAGAGCAGAAAGAUCAUGAUUCUCCGUCCACCCGUUGUGGUGCCGAGCAGGGUGAUCGAGCAUCUGUCCUCAGUACUGGUCGGGAAAUAGUGCUUCAUGAAGCUAUCGACUUGCCAAGCGACUCAGCUGCCACCGAGCUGGUUAGCGACACAGCCGUGGCCGAGGUCCAGAACCUCGAAUCGUCCGUGGACGUUCGCGCAGUGGCGCGACAAGAGGGCGAGUUCCCUCAAAGGGCUCCCGAGCACGGUGUGAGGUUGUUAAUAUCCCUGCCCAUGAAGCCUUUAAAAGCCGUGCGCGAGAAACGUCUUUCAGGGAGGUCAUUGGCCGCUUUACCGAAGAAGUCGUCAAGUGUAGGGUUGUUUAAAAGGGUCCAGAUGCCUCGCCUUUCCCAGAGAACUGUCAGGGUUCUGAAGGCUUGCGGAAUAGAUAAGGAGGAAGGUCUGCGCAAACAUUUGGUUGCGUCUAUUGAGAGCGUUACUGCUUUGUCUGAUGGGUCUAAUGACGAUAGCGAACGGGGUGUCUUGAAAGACCCGUGUGCUAAGUACAUCGCGAAGGACACAUUCAACAGUCGGGGAUAUAACUUUUCUGGGAAAAGGGCAGACAAUUCUUAGCUAUUCCACCACGGGGUUUGUGCUCACUCCUCACACUUGCUCGUGGGUGUUUGUGCAGCUGGGGCUACAUCAUGUUUUCGC